AAAUAGUUUUUUUUUUAAUCUUUACAAAUUAGCUAUCAUACUCUUGUAUUUAGGAUGACUGCAAGUAUAAUGCUUUUGGAUUACAAUAACUUAGUAGGGUCUCUAAGCAAUCCAUGACGUCCAUGUUUAUUGGCACUCUUAGAAGGGUGACAGAUUUCAUCCUCUAUAAAUUUAUUAAAAGCUAAGUGAUAAAUAUUCAUAGAUAUGCGACCAAACAUGUGGACCAAAAAAGAGCCCAAGGGAACAAGGAAAGGGCUCCAUAAUUGCUAUGAUGAUGAUCUUCUUACCUAAUUUAUCGAUAAUGUUACUUUAAUAUUCCUUAUCCACACAAUGGAGGGUGGAUAUCCCAAUAAUAUUAUUGUCAUAUAUAAUUCGUCAUUACACAUGACGGGAAAGAAUUUUCUCCCCCAGCAAAUUAACCAAACAAAAAGGAACAAAAGAGCAUGGCUAAGUUUGGAAGUGAUCGAGAAUCGUAUAGAAGCCAAUGGCCAAAUGAGAAUAGACAAGUCCACGUAACAAGGAGCCACACGCGCGGCCGGCAAAAAGAAUGGAGAACUCCACAUAUAAGCAGGAGAGACCACCCUCAAAGCCAACCAAAUAUAUCGAAGAAGAAGAAGAAGGAACAUGGAGAUUCAGUCUCAGAGCUCUGUCCCCCUCAAGUAAUCAUUCCCCUAACUUCAUCUUCCUUCUUCUUGGAAGUGACGCCUGAAGGAAACUCAGUAGACUUGUGCUGCAAAACUGGAGAGGGUUGGACAUGUGUGGUAACCAAGACCUCAGGCCCAGAUGCCGGAAAAUCCAUUAAAUGUGAUGAGAAUUGCUCACUUACUAUCGAGGGGGACAAAGUGUGCAAAGAGGAGUCGAAGGAGGUUGGUGACACAGCUUGCUGCAAAUGUGGUGAAGGUUGGAGCUGUGUCAUUUCCAAAGCCUGACUGAAUGCUAUGUGCCACAUGUACCACUUAUCUUGAUAAUACAUGCCAAAUAAAUUCCGUCCUCAUUAUGCUGCAGAAAAUAAAGGAUUGUGUAUCACCAUGAAGGUUUUGCACAACCAACAGCUGUCUGUAUUACCGACACGCUGUUUAAUUAGUUCUUGUCAUGGUUUAUAUCUAAUAUUGGCUCUU